AGCCACUUGGCAAGACCGACGCCAGCAGAUCGAGCGAUGGGCCGCCAACGCAAGACGCAGCGAGGAACCACGCCGCUCCGCCGAGCGCCGAGCGGCAAGGAGCCCUACGAGGAAGCGAUUAAGAGCCUCCGCGACGCCGCCGCCUUUGCACCGCGGCCAUGGCACACGUUUGAGCUGCCGCACCACGUCGAGCCGCUACUGCGCGUGAGCGCGAUGGACGAGUGGCUUGGCUGGCCGCUCGGGAGGGCCCAGGCGCGCGAGAACAUUGAGAGGGUCCUCGACUGGUUCGUCCUUCUCCGCCACGCCACGAGAGCCACUACAGCGAUCAGCCAAAUGGAGGUCGACCGCGCGUGGUUCAACCCGUACAUGGCCGGCCAAAUUCUUCUUACGAUCACGAUGGAGGUCGGCUUGUCCUUGGGCUUGACGACGAUCGACAACAUUGGUCAAGCGCGGUUUGUACUCCAUUUUUACAACGCGCUCCGAGUCCUCGACAAGAUCCCACCGAACUCAGACCUUGACAACUUGGCGACCAUGUUUGAGCGCGGCAAGUCGGUGUGGGUUGGUGGCCGUCCGACGGCCCGCGGCAGCUUUGUGAGAUCGUAUUUGCUCGCGUGGGGCUAUGACACAAAGACGUCGGCCGCCCUCGGGGCCAACCUCGGGAGUGACUUGCAAGACUACAAGGCCAAGGCUGCACUGCGGGAUCGCAUGGACCACCGCAGCGUGGCUAAAAAGAUGGCGUACCGCGUCCAGGAGUGCAUGCGCAAGAUGCUCUUGACCGAGCCCGAUGCCGUCAGCAAAGCCUAUCGCUACGUGACGCACAUGACGGCGCCUGCCUACGAUGCGAAUACGUGCCUCGUCCGGUCCUUUGACAUUAUCGAUGUGCUCCAGAGCGACUAUGACGCGUUUUUGUACCUCGACUUCAAUCGAAUCAGCCAGAUCUUCCGCUGUGCGUGGCGGGACAUGAUCGAGGCCUUUGACUUUCGAGGCUACGUCGUCAACGGCAACUCUGUCACGUGCAUUCAAGGCCCGCGGCCCGUGAGAGACGCCCUGCCUCGCCUUCGCGAUGAAACCUUGUUUCUCCAGUCGCUCCUCGGGCUCUGCGACCGCGAGCCAAACGACGAUCGUGUCGCGUUGGCCGCCGAGAUAUUGACGACCGUCGCCAACUCGAUGCAUGAAGCGUACAUUGAGACGCCUCUCGUUUUGCAGCAUAGCACCAAGUAGGUGUCUAUGGCCUAGUAUGCAUAUGGACGAGAAUGUCGGAAUGAAAAUAGUAAUCUAAUG